CAUCAUGCUGAUGAUGAUGGAGAGCGGCGGCAUGGACGCGCAUCAGGUUGACAUCGACUCGGAAUUCGAGCCGCACGGCCGGUCGCGGGCGUGCACCUGGCGUCCGGAGGACUUCCCCGGCGCGGGGGGCGAGGGGGAGGCGAGCCGCGCGCCGGGUCUGGCCCUGGCCUCGGUCAAAGUGGAGCGCUACGACGUGCCCGCGUGCCGCGCCGAAAGGAACGGCGGCGCGCCGGCGGAGAUCACGCACCCGGCCGGCGCCCCGGCCCCGGCGGUGGCGGCCGCCGCCCCCGCCUGCGUGUCCGCGGCCGCGCUCGACGCGGCCGGCCAGCUGCGCAAAGCCAAGUCCUCGCGGCGCAACGCGUGGGGGAACCUGUCGUAUGCGGACCUGAUCACGCGCGCCAUCGAGAGCGCCCCGGAGAAGCGGCUGACGCUGUCCCAGAUCUACGACUGGAUGGUGCGCUUUGUUCCCUAUUUCAAGGAUAAAGGCGACAGCAACAGUUCGGCCGGAUGGAAGAACUCGAUCAGGCACAACUUGUCCCUGCACAGUCGAUUCAUCCGGGUGCAAAAUGAAGGGACAGGGAAAAGCUCCUGGUGGAUGCUCAACCCGGAAGGAGGGAAGAUGGGAAAGGGACCCAGACGACGGGCGGCGUCGGUAGACAACGGCACCCGUUACCUGAAAACCAAGGGACGCAUCAGCCGAAAGAGAGCGGGCGCCAUCGGCCUCGGACGGGGACAGGGUCAGGGAGGCGGGCCGGCGAUGCAGGGCUCCCCGGAGCACGGCAGCCCGGCGGGGAAGGGAGGUGUGGGCAUUGGUGGCGAGGAGUACGACACCUGGACAGACCUCCACUCCCGCACCUCGUCCUCCGCGUCCACCCUGAGCGGCUGCCUGUCUCCGAUCUUGGCUGAGGCAGAGGCCGACGAACCGGAGGAGGGCGGCCUCUCCUGUUCAGCCUCCCCACGGCUUUAUCCCAGUCCCACCAGCACCCGCUCCCCAGCGCUGGGCACCGGAGGCCACUGCCCCUCUGUGGAGCUGCCUCAGCUGAGUGACCUGACUGGAGCUAUCAGUCUGGACGAGAGCGGCUACACCCAGUCCCCACAAAUCAAAUGCAACGGUUAUCCCUAUGUGCCUGGGCCCAAGGCAGAAGGCUCCUACAGCGGGCCCGUGUACGGACAGCCUUCGAUGGGCAUGCUCCGGCACCACACUCCCAUGGAAACCAUCCAGGAGAACAAGCCAGUCAGCUUCCAGCGCCCAAUGAGGGGCUACUCAGAGAACAAUGCCCUGCAGAGCCUGCUUACCGGAGGUCCGCCAUACUGCAACAAAGAGCCUGUGCUCGGCCCGGGGCGGGACGCACACACACUGAUCACACAGGGGACCAAUGGAGUUCACAGCCAGCACAGCCACAAUCAAAAUCGCAACCACAAUCAUACCCACAAUCACAGCCAAGAGCACGCUCACAAUCCCAGCCUACACAACGGCCAUGGCUCAGUCCACGACCAGAACGCAGCCCACCAUCAGAACCACAAUCAGGGUCACAAACACCAAGCCAGCCUCGACUACAGCCACAGCCACAAGCCACACCCGGCCCAUGACUACGGUCCGAGUCACGAGCACGGCCAUAGUAACAAAGUAAAUCACAGCCAUGAUCAUAACCCUCGCUCCAAUCAGAUGCACAGUCACACGCCCCACAACCCUCACAACCCUCACAACCCUAUGCACAGCGUGCCUCACCAUCAGGCACUGUCCCCUCGGGUAAGCUCUGACAUUCUCCAGCCCUACACUCUCAAGACCUCGAACCAUUACGGGCCCCGCCCCCACCUCCCAACGUCACCUUCCCUUCCGCCCAACCCGGCUGGCGUCAUGGACGUUCCCCAGGACCCCUGCCGCCUGGCGUCCGCGCCACACCCCCGUCACCAGCCUUACCCUGGAGCUCACCACCAGGGUAUGACCGACUCGUGGCAUGGCUACUACCACAACAACCACCAGCCAGGGAACACUGGGUACCAGGGGCAGCAGCAGCACAACUCCCACAGUAGAAUGGCAGCCGGCUUGGAAAUGGAGAAUGUCUCACAUAGUUUGGACUGCGACGUGGACUCCAUCCUGCUCAAUGACUUUAUGGACACAGAGAGCAUGGAUUUCAACUUUGACGGCUCUUUGUCCCAAGGAGUGGGCAUGGGGAUGGGCAUGAGUUUGGGGGCUUUCGCUUGCCCUCCACCAGCACACAGCAACCAGAGCUGGGUGCCGGGGUGAAUCUGGGCCCAAGGGUUUGGAUAUACAAAUUUUAGCAGAAAGGCCGGCCGCCGGGCGAGGCCGCCGGUGGGCUGUACCCUUGGACUGACUGACUUUGGUUCUGUUUCUGUGAGACAAUGCAUAUUGUCAUUUUAUUUCCUGGGGACUCCCUACAUCCUCACAUUAUACGCUCUCUGUCUCUCCCUCUCUCUGUCUGCCACCCUGUUUAUAAAGCCUUCUGUCUCCAUAUUGAACCUGCCCCCAAUGAGCCCGGCGCUAAGGCAAACCCCGCCACCCCCUCCCGCGUUCAUGCCCUUCAGUUCUGUUUUGUUGUUUUGAUGCCCUCUUCCCAAUCUCUAACUGCCUGUUCUAAGCUCUCAAGCACUUUACAUCCAUCUUUUCAUACAGAUGCAGUAAAACAAAGACCAGGCAAAGUCACGAUGUGUGUUGGCUUAAGUUUAAUGUAUGCAAUCCACUUUACAGUAUUAUCUCCUCCUACAAAGAAGGUGUUGUUCUCGACUUUAAAACAUGAUCAAACAGCUGCAUAAAUACCUUCACAGGAGAGGUGCUCUCAGAUUGGGAGGGGGUUGAGGUUUA